AUGCCGGUCAAGCGGGCAGGCAAAGCUAAUGGCAGCGCGAGCCAUGCCCCGGCGAGUGCAUACACGAAUGGACAUGAGCACAAGCAGCCAUCCGGUCUCGUCGCGGCGCAGGACGAGGAAUCCGACUCGAGCAAGUCACCCCUUCGACGGAGUACGCGAGGCAAGAGCGCAGCCACGACAGAGUCAGAGUCAGACACUGCCACUCAGCUGCCCAAUGGCAGUGGCAACGGUCUAACAAACAAGUCUACGCCUGCUGCCAAACGAGCGAAAAAGAUUAUCAAACGGUCGACCACGACAGAGGGCGAUUCGACAUUUGCGCAGCUCAAGGCAUGGUCUGACAGAUGGGAAGUUCCUCGCAAGAUCCUGCACACCUCAAUAGGCAAGUCAAUCACUCGCUUUUACGCGCUCUACUGCUGGGGGACCGACAUUGCAGUGACGGCACUGGUCAGGUACCAGUCCGUUGCGCUCAUCAUCAUUGCCUCUGCCGAACUACUCAGACACAACAACGCACCUUUCGAGGCCUUCUACGAGAGCGUCCUUGGCUUCCUCAUGCGCGAGUCUGAAAAGAAAGGCGUCAAUGGGGUUGUGUACUACCUCGUCGGUGUCAUCACUGUCCUGUCAUUGUUGCCGACAGACAUCGCCGUGCUCUCUGUCGUGAUCCUGUCUUGGUGCGAUACAGCAGCAUCGAUCACUGGAAAGAACUUUGGCAGCUACACGCCCAGACUGACCUCUAUCAGUCGCUUCUUUGCGCCUAAGAAGUCAUUAGCAGGCUUCAUCGGUGCUGCUGCGACGGGCGCUUUCUGCGCGUGGGCUUUCUGGACAUCAGCAGCGACAUGGGGUCCUCAUUCUUCCACUUCAUGGCUGCAUAAUACCACACCCAGACUCGUUGACUUUUCAGGCGUCAAGACUCAAAGGCCUUGGGCACACAUCCCUCGAUUGCCCUCACCUCGAUCGACGGUCUCGCUACCGGUCCUCAUGUCGGCGUCUGCUCUCAUAUCAGCAGUCGCAGAAUCGGUCUACGUCUUCGGCCUUGACGACAACCUCGCGCUACCAUUGCUGAGCGGCUUUGGCAUUUGGGCGUUCAUGUAUACGAUGGGAUGA